AUGAGAAAACCAGAAGUAACUAGCAUUAACAGAAUACAAGCAUUUAAUGAAGAAGAGACCUCCAAGAUAUUCUUGACUACACUGACUACACUGACAACCAAAUUUCCAGUUGACAUCAACAAACAGCUUGGUUCUGGUAUAAUUUAUCCACGUGAUGAACUUCAGAAUGUUGAAAAACUAUAUUUUACUUUUAUAGGACAGAUUCAUGCAGUUUUCCGCAGCCAUGGUUACUUAUUCUCCUGGGAAAAUCAACCAACACCAAUUGCACCUUUGAACUGGUUGGAGGCCAGAAAGUAUUGCCGUGAUCGCUGUAUGGAACUUGUCAGUCUUGAAACUUUGGAUGAGAAUGAAUUUGUGAAAGAAAAAAUAGAUUCAGGGGAACAAAAUUAUGCCUGGACAAGUGGACGGAAAUGUGACUUCCAAGGAUGCAAUCGAACUGAUCUGCUUCCUAUAGAUAUUAAUGGUUGGUAUUGGGCAGGCACUUUGCAGAAAAUACCACCUACAACAGAUAGGUUUAAUACUGACUGGAGCGAUGAUGGUGGGUUAGGCUAUCCUCAACCUGAUAACCGUGAGAAGCUGCAAGGGGGUUCAGAAGAGUCUUGCAUAGCAAUCCUAAACAAUUUACACAAUGAUGGAUUACACUGGCAUGACUUAGUGUGUGAUCACCAGCUUCCAUUCAUUUGUGAAGACAAUGAUGAGUUACUACAAAUAGCAGGAAUACCCAAACCAAGUUCUUCUGAAAGUUACAUAGUCAAUUUGUUACUGGAGCAAAACCCAGAACACCCUCCUGAAACAGCAGUAAUGAUCGAAAUAGAACAACUUGCCCCAGAUUUUUAUGAAAACGUUGAUGAAGUUGGCCAGGAAAUGUAAGAUGGGGAUUGGUGUAUCGCACAUAUUUCAAAAGAGCAUCAUUGUCUUCACAGACAAAUGGUUUGCGGUGGUGGCAAGCAACAUCAUGCCAGUGAACGCCAUCAUUGUAGAAAUUGUUCAACACAGCAAGGCAGUUCUCUGGAGCUCCUCCCUGCUGAGGUUCUCUGUUGUCAGGCUGGGGCCUGUUGAGUCUGCAAAGCAAUAAAUACAUGGGAAAUUAUUAUAAGGUGUAAUAGAUGUAGUGUUCAUUUAAAUUACAAAUUUAUGAUAAAAUUUCAGUAUUUAACUUAAAACAAUUUGAUAAAA